AUGGCCACUAAGCAAGAAAUGAUCAACAGAAGGAGAAAAUCAUCAGAGCCCCAACAACAACAGUAUCAUCUCUAUGAUAUCCAGCUGACUCUUUCUACACCUUUUCCUUCCACCACCCCACCGACACCGCCGCCACCACCACCCCUGCAAGAAGAACAAGAAGACCAUUAUAAUGAUCUGCAGUUUACUCUACCACCACCCCAUGUCAUCUACAUGGACCCUUUGGGCCUAAUGCCGGUCUGGAAUCCUACACCCCUCACUACAGUUCCGCCGCCACCACCACCACCACCCCUGCAAGAAGAACAAGAAGAUCAUGAUAAUGAUGUGCAGUUUACUCUUCCUCCUCCACCACCACCCACAGUGCUGCAACAACCACAACAAUCAUCUUUGCCACCGCCCCAUUUCUUCUGCAUGACACAUUUCGGCCCAAUUCCGGUCUGGUAUGCUAUACCCCUCACUACAGUUCCGCCUUGGGCCACCACUCGCCGAGCCACCAUCCACAGUCUUGCUCAUCUUGAAUCCCAACAAAUCUUUACCAUCACAGGAGAGGUCCAUUGCGAGAUAUGCUGUAAACGCUACGAAAUUCAAUAUGAUCUUAAAGAGAAAUUCAAUGAAGUGGGUGAUUUCAUAGUAAAAAACAAAGACAUGCUUGGUCGAGCUCCACAGAAAUGGUUGAACCCUGUUCUUCCAAUCUGCAACUUCGGUCAAGAACAGGGCAAUUACAGAGUGAAGCCAGUGAUUGCAGAGAAGAAGAGAGAGAUCAAUUGGCUGUUUUUGCUUCUGGGUCAGAUGAUUGGAUGUUGUAGUGUCUCACAGUUGAAGUAUUUCUGCACACACACCAAGAAUCAUCGAUCAGGAGCCAAGGAUCGACUUGUUUAUCGUACUUAUCUUGGACUCUGCAAACAGCUUCAACCCAAUGGCCCUUUUUGA